AUGGACGACCUGUUGAACCUCGAGCUGCUGUCGCUCGUGUCCAAGGUCACCUCGGAGCUGCAGAACCACGUCGGCAUCAGCGACAAGACCCUCGCCGAGUUCCUCAUCGCCCAGCGCCUCGAGAGCUCCUCCAGCGAUGACUUCCGCAAGAGGCUCGAGGCGCUCAACGCCGACUUCCCGCCUAGCUUGGUCGACAGCCUGGACCGCCUCGUGGUGGCCAUGCAUCCCAAGUUCAAGGGCCAAAACGGCGAUGCGCACCACGACGAGCCGCACCAUCACAGGACGCGGGAGGAGAACGAAAAGGUCUUUAGUGGACUCGCUCUGCCCGAUAAGAAGCCUGCGUAUGACGACGGCGCAGACGCCAUCGAUGAUACGCUGGCGCUGCUAGAGGGGCUAGAGGGCAAGGCAAAAAAGGAGAAGACGUCAAGAAAGAGGAGUAGAAGUCCGGAAGACGGGGCCAGAGAGUCAAGAUCACGGCGGCAUCGAUCAAGGUCUCGAGACGGCCGGAGGCGGGACAAGUACAGGUCACGAUCACGGUCACAAGAUGCCGGCGACGAAGACUGGCGGGACGGAUUCCGAGAGAAGAAGUCGCGAAACCGAAGACGAUACGACUACAAUGACGACAUCGACGAGCUCAGCCGGGCGCCCGCACCCGAGGUGGACGACGAGCCGAUCAUGAACAAGGUGUAUCAGGGCCAUGUCACCGGAAUCAAGGACUUUGGCGCCUUUGUGAACAUUCACCACGUCAAGGGCAAAGUCGACGGCCUGGUCCACAUAUCUCGCAUAGUGUCCGGUCAGCGUGUAAACCACCCCUCCGAUCUGCUGUCUCCUGGGCAGCAGGUCUGGGUCAAGGUUGUCAGCAUCGAAGGCCGCAGGGUAGGGCUGUCCAUGAAGGAUGUCGACCAGGAGACGGGCCGAGAUCUCGAACCACAGGCGAGAUUGACUACUGGCGCUAACAUGGAAGCUCUUGGUGGUCGUGGAAGAAACGGAUUUGUCGAUGAUACACCCGCGAUGCCCCGAGAUUCCCUGGGGCCCCCGAGACGACAAAAGAAGCGAAUGACUUCACCAGAACGCUGGGAGAUCCGGCAACUCAUUGCGUCCGGUGUGGCCAAGGCUUCAGACUACCCCGACCUUGAGGAGGAUUACAAUGCGACGCUCCGUGGAGAGGGUGAGUUGGAGCUGGAGGAAGACGUUGACAUUGAAGUUCGAGAGGAGGAGCCGCCCUUCCUGGCCGGCCAGACAAAGCAGUCCUUGGAGCUUUCUCCUAUUCGAGUGGUCAAGGCUCCUGAUGGAUCCAUGAACAGAGCGGCCAUGGCCGGAACCGCGCUGUCUAAGGAGAGGAAAGAAUUGAAGCAGAAGGAGGCCGAGGCCGCCAAGGAGGAAUCAAAGGAAAACCUCUCCGCCCAAUGGAACGAUCCGAUGGCCGACCCCGAUAAGCGCAAGUUUGCUAGCGAUCUCAAGAACGCUCGAAUGAAUGCCAAGACGGAGGAGGAGCCCGAAUGGAAGAGGGCAGUCAUUCCCAAGGGCCAGUCAUUGGGCAAGCGCACCAACCUCAGCAUCAAGGAGCAACGGGAGUCUCUGCCCGUCUUUGCGUUCCGUUCCCAGCUGAUUGAGGCGGUGCGUGAGAAUCAGAUCUUGAUCGUGGUUGGAGAGACUGGCUCCGGAAAGACGACCCAGUUGACCCAGUAUCUCGCCGAGGCCGGGUUCGCUGAGGACGGCAUCAUUGGCUGCACGCAGCCUCGUCGAGUCGCCGCCAUGUCGGUUGCGAAGCGUGUGGCAGAGGAAGUUGGCUGCAAGCUCGGCGAAGAGGUUGGAUACACCGUCCGUUUCGACGACUGCACCAGCCCUGCGACGCGGAUCAAGUACAUGACGGACGGUAUGCUGCAACGAGAGAUUCUUGUGGAUCCAGACUUGACGCGGUAUUCCUGCAUCAUGCUUGACGAAGCCCACGAGCGAACCAUUUCUACCGACGUCUUGUUCGCCCUGCUGAAGAAGGCAUUGAAGAGGAGGCCCGACUUGAAGGUCAUUGUCACCUCGGCCACCCUGGAUGCCGACAAAUUCUCUGCUUAUUUCAACGAGUGUCCCAUUUUCACGAUCCCCGGCCGAACAUAUCCCGUCGAGAUCCUGUACUCUCGCGAGCCCGAAUCUGACUACCUCGACGCCGCGCUCGUCACGGUCAUGCAGAUCCACCUGACAGAGCCCAAGGGCGAUAUUCUACUCUUCUUGACCGGCCAGGAGGAAAUCGACACGGCGUGCGAGAUUCUAUACGAGAGAAUGAAGGCUCUUGGACCGAGCGUGCCAGAUCUGCUCAUCUUGCCCGUGUACGCACAGCUUCCGAGCGAGAUGCAGAGCCGUAUCUUCGAGCCCGCUCCCCCGGGCAGCCGAAAGGUUGUCAUUGCCACGAAUAUUGCCGAAACCUCCAUCACGAUUGACGAGAUCUACUACGUCGUUGACCCUGGCUUUGUCAAGCAGAACGCCUACGAUCCCAAGCUCGGCAUGGACUCUUUGGUUGUCACGCCCAUCUCCCAGGCACAAGCCAACCAGCGUGCCGGUCGUGCCGGUCGAACGGGCCCUGGAAAGUGUUUCCGCCUGUACACAGAGGCCGCUUACCAGUCUGAGAUGCUGCCGACAACAAUCCCCGAGAUCCAGAGACAAAACUUGUCGCACACGAUUCUCAUGCUCAAGGCCAUGGGCAUCAACGACCUCUUGCACUUUGACUUUAUGGAUCCACCGCCGAUCAACACAAUGUUGACGGCCCUGGAGGAGCUCUACGCCUUGAGCGCGUUGGACGACGAGGGCCUGCUGACCCGCCUGGGACGCAAGAUGGCAGACUUCCCGAUGGAGCCGUCGCUGGCCAAGGUGCUGAUCGCUGCCGUUGACUAUGGCUGCUCCGACGAGAUGCUCAGCAUCGUGGCGAUGCUCAACCUGCCCAACGUCUUUUACCGCCCCAAGGAGAAGCAGUCGCAGGCCGACCAGAAGAAAUCCAAGUUCCACGACCCUCACGGCGACCACCUGACGCUUCUCAACGUGUACAAUGCGUGGAAGAACAGCGGGUACUCGAACCCGUGGUGCUUUGAGAACUUUAUCCAGGCGCGGUCCAUGCGGCGGGCCAAGGACGUGCGGGACCAGCUCGUCAAGAUCAUGGAACGCUACAAGCACCCGGUGGUGUCGUGCGGCCGCGACACGCAAAAGGUGCGGCAGGCUCUCUGCACGGGCUUCUUCCGCAACGCGGCGCGCAAGGAUCCCCAGGAAGGGUACAAGACGCUGACGGAGGGCACGCCGGUGUAUCUGCAUCCCAGCUCGGCGCUGUUUGGGAAGCAGGCCGAGUGGAUCAUCUACCACACGCUGGUGUUGACGACGAAGGAGUACAUGCACUGCACGACGAGCAUCGAGCCCAAGUGGCUGGUGGAGGCGGCGCCGACCUUUUUCAAGGUCGCGCCGACGGAUAGGCUGAGCAAGAGGAAGCAGGCGGAGAGGAUCCAGCCGCUGUAUAACAAGUAUGCGGGCGAGGAUGACUGGAGGUUGAGUGCGCAGAGAAGAGGAGGGAGGGGUGGUGGUGGUGGUACUUGGGGUUAG